AUGCACACUCUUCCGCUGUCAUUCGCACUAUUGACAUUCACCGGAUACUGGCGACCUAUUAACUUGACAUCCAUCAAAUAUUGGGCGUAUACCGUUUAUUCCGUUGCCAUGAAUUUUUUACUUCAUUUAUUCACAUUUUGCGGUUUAGUCGACUGUUUUAUAAGCAAGGAUCUUAAGACGUUCAUCGAGAAAUUCUCGCUAUUCCUGUCAGUACUUGGCGUUAGCUGCAAAGUGACAAACCUGGCGAUACGUCGACACGAGAUCAUCAAUCUUACCGAUAUGUUGUUGGAUGACAUCUGCGUACCCCGGAACGUUCACGAAACGGAUAUUCAGCGACGCUUCGAUCGCAAUGCGAAGAUAAUCACCAUAUGCUGCGAAAUACUGAAUGAGUCAGCCGCCUUUUUUUCGAUUGCUCAAUUUCGACAUUUUGUCAACACUCGGACUUUACCGCUCUAUGACUGGGUGCCCUAUGAUAUCUCAUCAACAACCAUUUUUUGGGCAACUUUGUUGCACCAAACCAUCUUAAUAAUGAUUUGCGCGAAUGCCAGUGUUGCUCACGAGACUCUCAUUUCUGGUUUUAUGAUCCAAAUUUGCGCCCAGUUAGAUAUACUCUGCCAUCGAACUCGCAUACUGCCAAAUUUGUUACAAGAGGCCCGGAAAUGCAGCAUCUCGAAAGAAGAUUUCAAAAUGCAAGAACGGCAACUAAUUCGCGAGAUUGUACAUCAUCAUCGCUACGUGUAUAGAUUUGCGGAACGCAUCAAUGCGGUAUUCACACUAAUGAUUUUCGUGCAAUUCACCAUAAGCUCGACAGUGCUCUGUCUUUGCAUCUACCAAAUGUUGACAACAAACUUACUAAGCGUCGAGUUUGCGUAUAGCUCGUCAUACCUUUGUUCUAUGCUUAUACAGAUUUAUUUGUACUGCUGGUUCGGCAACGAAGUGACACUGAAGGUCGAUUAUUUAAACAUUCUUAAACCUUUUAAAACCACUGAAAUCGGAAACGCCGUUUACGAGAUGGACUGGUCGAUGCUUCCAGUUGAUUUAAUGAAGACUCUUUUGAUAAUUAUUACACGAUCUGUGAAGCCAAUUAAGAUAACUAGCGGAUACAUAAUUACUUUAUCCAACGAAUCUUUUAUGAAGAUCAUUAAAAUAUCUUACUCGGCGUAUAACGUUUUAAUAAUCACCGUAUGCUGCGAAAUACUGAACGAGUCAGCCGUCUUUUUCGCCACGGUUGCUCAAUUCCGGUACUUUAUUAGCACUCGAACUUUGCCGUUGUCCGACUGGGUGCCCUAUGACAUCUCGUCAACGACCGCUUUCUGGGCUACUAUGUUACAUCAAACCAUCGGAUUAAUUAUAUGUGCGAACGCCAGCGUUGCCCACGAAACUCUCAUAUCUGGUUUUAUGAUUCAAACCUGCGCCCAGCUAGAUAUACUCUGCUAUCGCGCUCGUAUGUUGCCGAGUUCGCUACGAGAAGCCCAGAAAUGCAGUAUCUCGAAAGAAGACUUCAAGGCGCGAGGACAGCGACUAAUUCGCGAGCUCGUUCAUCAUCAUCGCUUCGUAUAUAGAUUUGCUGAACGCAUUAAUGCAGUGUUCACGCUAAUGAUUUUCGUACAAUUCACCAUAAGCUCGACAGUGCUCUGUCUUAGCAUCUACAAAAUGUUGACGAAGAAUUUGCUGAGCCUUGAAUUUGCAUGGAGCUCGUCGUAUCUUGGUUGUAUGCUUAUGCAGAUUUAUUUGUACUGCUGGUUUGGUAACGAAGUAACAUUGAAGGUCGGUCAUUAAAAAAUUUUUUAACUUUUAAAACCUUAUAGCACUGAAAUCGGAAGUGCUGUUUAUGAGAUGGACUGGCCAAUGCUUCCUGUUGAUUUAAUGAAGAUUCUUUUAUUAAUAAUUACGCGAUCUAAGAGACCAAUUAAGAUAACUAGUGGAUACAUGAUUACUUUGUCUAACGAUUCGUUUAUGAAGAUCAUCAAAAUAUCUUAUUCAGCGUACAACGUCCUGCAAGGAUCUUAGUACGAACGAAAGCUAUC